AUGUCCGCUUCACCAGCGCUUGUCUGUCGCGUCUGCAGUGAUCGUAGCUCCGGCAAGCACUACGGUACGGUUUGCUGCGACGGAUGCUCCUGCUUUUUCAAGCGAAGCAUCCGCAAACGUGCCGUGUACUCGUGCAUCUCCGGCCAGGGUGGAUGCUCGGUGGACAAGGCACGGCGCAACUGGUGUCCGUUCUGUCGGCUGCAGAAAUGUUUCCUGGUGGGCAUGAAUGCGGCGGCCGUGCAGCAAGAACGGGGCCCGAGAAAGGGACGGAAAAUGGUCGCAGACGGGCUGUCGGUGCAGAUUCUGUCCCAGGUGCUGAUGGCGUGCAUCCGGCAAGUGCGUCAUAACGAGCACUUUGCCAUCUUUGGCCGGGCGCAACAGAACGAGAUCCUGCGGCACGUGUGGUAUGAAUGCUUUCUGCUUCGGGUAGCCAACUGGUCCAUCGAUAUCUCGUCACUGGUCGAACGCUGCUGUGACGGCCAUCUCCGGUCGGUGAUGGAGGACAUCAAGGCUUUGCGGGUGGAUCUUAUCGAACUAUCGCUGCUCGAGACGCUGAUACUGUGUCGGAAAGAGUUUGCUUUGAGUGCCCGGGAAGCCACCCAGCUGGAACAGUUUGCCGAGCGGGCUCUUGUUGCCCUUGGUCACUAUUGCUGGCAGCAGCAGCAACAACAACCGCCCAACGAGCUUGCACCGGCGAAACAGCUUCCCAUUGCGCUCGGUAUACCGUUCCGGGACGUCCGGUGUACGUCUGUCGGGACGACCUGUACAGAGCCUACCGCAGCGCUUCCGGCGCCGGCCCGGCUGGGGAAGCUGUUGCUCGGCCUGCGGACAGUUGCGCUCCGGUUUAACGAAUUUGCCGUCCGUGCGAUGCUGCGGGAGGUAAUUAGUGACGAUGGGCUGGCCCUGGAAACUAUUCUCACGAAGCUGUAAGUGGCAAACGGGGCCCUCCGGAAGGCAACCCUUCCAAGUGGCAACGCAUUACGCAUCGCAUCGCAGUACCUGGAGCGGUGAGUGGGAAGAAUCUAAUUAUGUGCACGAAAUACACAGUGCACUGUGCACAGUGUGCUACGCUACGGUAAGUGUGUCUGUGAAAGUUUUGGGUAGGGAUGGUACGGCACGACUGUCGCCUCAAAUAAGGUCAACGGAAUGCUGCCGGCCACGUAGAAAAGGGGUGUGCAAGUAACAGUUUUGUAAUGCAAUCAUGUUAGCUGUUGACCCCGAGCACCUUCGAGGGUACCGGCUCGUGCAGAAAGGUUAUUUUUUCAUAAUCAUACUAUAAACUGGCCAUGGCGAUGACACUGAAAGGAAGUCCGAAAAGCUUUUACGAAGAUGAGUGUAAAGUUUGUGUGUUUUUGGGUUGAAAAAAAAUGUGAACAAAAAGUUGGUAAAUGG